AUGAAGGUAAAGGAUGUCCUGGAACCUGUCAUCACACUGAACUUCGUACCUGGAGUGGGCAUCUUCCAGUGUGUGUCCACAGGCAUGACCAUCACUGGCAAGAGCUUCACAGGAGGGAACAUGGAGAUCAACGUGGUCCUGAACAUCACAGCCACCAAUCGGCUUCUGAAGGAUGAGGAGACAGGCACCCCCAUGUUCAGGAGUGAGGGCUGUGAAGUCGUCCUGGUCAGCGUGAAAACCAAUCUGCCUAACAACAAGGCCAUCAGCAAGUUUGUGGACAGCACCCUGCACAAGGUCCUCCCUGGCCUGAUGUGUCCAGCCAUCGAUGCUGUCUUGGUGUAUGUGAACAAGAAAUGGAUCAAGUUGACUGAUUCCAUGCCCGUGAACCAGAUGGGCUCUGUCAAAUAUGCCUUGACAGCCCCACCAGCCACCACAUCAAGUCACAUCCAGUUGGACUUUAGUCCUGUGGUGCAGCUUCAGGAAAGCCAGGUUAUCCAGCUUGCUGCUGAUGGGUCAGUCCCGGAGUUCCCCGAGGGCUCGGCCAAGGGCUCACAGCUGCUGCUCUCAGCCUCCUUUCUCACAGCCGAGCUGGCCCUUCUGCAGAAGUCCUUGGAUGUGAACCUCAAGGACAAGAGGGUUGGUAAGCUGUCACAAACCACUAGGACACUGGCUGGCUUCAUCCCGCAGGUAGCCAAGAUGUAUCACAAACCAAAGCCUUUGCUGAUCAAGGUCAAGAUAAACAACCCACCCAAGGUCACCAUGAAGGCUGGAAAGAGCCUGAUGCACCUCCAUGGUAGCCUGGAGAUGUUUGCAGCACGUCGACAUGGCAAGCACCCAAAGUCACUCUUCCUCCUGGAGACUCACCUUGGUCUGGAAAUCCACUACUCAGUGCGUGAGAACAGGCUACAGAUGGCCACCUCUCUGGACAGUUUACUGAGCCUGUCCCGGGAGUCUUCUUCAGUUGGCAACUUCAACGAGGCGGAGUUAACCGGCUUCAUCACUGAUUGUCUCCAGAAGGCCUACAUCCCUGUGGUGAAUGAUGUACUCCGUGUUGGGCUUCCACUCCCAGACCUUCUGGCUAUCAAUUACAACCUGGCUGAGUUGGAUAUAGUAGAGGAUGCCCUGGUGCUGGGCUUGAAGGUGGAAUGACAUGGCAAGACUCUGACAACUGCCUUCAACUGCAUGGUUCUGUACCAGCAAAGAAGCCCAGAUGGGAGCCAGAUGGGCCUGGACCUGCCACCAGCGGUUGCUUUCUGUGACCAGGAGAAAGCAGAGGCCUGGUGGGCCUCAGUAAUAAACGGGAAGAGGACUCUCACACAA